CGCAGAGGAGAGAAGAGAGGGUAUUUCUCUGCUAAUACUCUCAUAAAACGUACGAGACAUCGACACAGCUGGGUGAUUCAACAGGACGGUAUGAGACCACUGCGCUACUGGAAGGUUCUUCAAAACGGCGGACUAUCCAGAGAGCAGCCUCCUUCACGUCCAGAACAGAUCUGGGAUAAUCCACUACUGCGCCCCGCCUUCGACAACACCACAGGCACCGACAUCGUUACCUCCACCGGCCGUGUCGCCUACCUGCACUGCCGCGUCAACCACCUCGGCAACAGAGUAGUAACAUGGCUGAGGAAACGAGACGCCCAUGUACUGACAGUGGGUUUGUUCUCCUACACGACGGACCAGCGAUUCACGGCGCUACACUCUGAGGGCUCACCGGAGUGGGUUCUCAAGAUCACUAGCCCUCAGACCAGAGACUCCGGCACCUACGAGUGUCAAGUGUCCACAGAACCCAAGAUAUCGAGGGCGUUCAACCUCAGCGUCGUAGAAUCAGUGGCGGAAAUUGAGGGCUCCAGGGACAUUCAUAUGAGUGCUGGCAACACACUCAACCUUACCUGUUCUACCACUGUGCCCGCGGACCUACCCAGCUACUUCUACUGGUACCAUAACGGGGAGGUGGUACAGUACUCCGGCAAGAAGGAUGUGGCGGUACACACGAUGGAUGGUAGGUCGAGGCUUGUCGUGGUCGAUGUGGGGCCACAACACUCCGGCAACUACACCUGCGCUCCUGAGAAUGCUGCCCCGGCGACCGUUACCGUCUACGUGCUCAGAGCAGGCGAACACCCGGCGGCCAUGCAGCGAGGUGAGAGCUCUACGGCUGUGCCUCGGGUCUCUUUCCUGUUCCUUCUCUCCGUCUGCUCCACCUUCAUCGUGUUCACCAGAUGAUGAGAUUAUCCAGCCGGACCAAGUGACGACGUGGACAAGACGACGACAUCUAGGGGGACCUCCUCAUCCUCCUCCAUAUCCUCUUCCUCAAAAUCCUUCUCCUCCACCUCCUCUUCAACAUCCUCUUCUAUCGUCCGAGUUUUAUCUUCGUCGGAUGGAAGUGAUCACGUGAGCAGUAAGAGAAGAGGAUGGGAGACAGGUACAGGGAUGUAAGAUAACAGAUGGUAAUCAGGAUGAAAUAUCUGUGACAAUGUUGUGAUGGAGUUUGCUAUUGCUGCUGCUGACGACACCUUAGUUGAGAAUGCCACUGAGGUGAUGUAACUAUUACCACGACUAAUGUAACCAUUGAUAACUUGGCUAAGGUGUUUUAUAAGAUGACAUAAUUAUUGAUAACUUGACGACAGUGUUCAAACGAGGCGUUAUUGACGGCACCAUCUUGUCUCCAGAGUGGUGUGGGGUGUCAGUCAUCAAUAAUCUCGUAGAAAUUUGGUUUCAAAGUCUCGUAAUCACCAAGAAUACGUCAACAACUUGAAUCCUUAACAGAGUAGAAUGAAAAGUACCUGGCCGAUAGCUUACCUGAGCUACGCUAUGGUAUGCAGAGUAAUUAAACCACAAAAAUAAUAACACAAUCUCUCCACCUUACACUUCAUGGUACAGUUAAACUUUGGAGGAAUAAAGCAACAAUUCACGAAAUACUUUAGUCGAUUUUUUAUAUCUUAUUUAAUAUCUGACUUUUAGAACAAUGAUAUAAUUUUGUAUGAUUGUUUAUUAUUAUUAAUUAUUGAUUCAAUAUAAUAUUCAUUAUUUGUUUAAGAAUAAAAGACUUCACAAUUUGACUCUUUUGUUAAAUAUUUCUUCUUACUCUCAUCAGGGAGUCCAAAGACUGUCCUUUAGCGAGGGGAAGAGAGCCAAAAAUGACAUACUUUAAAUGUCAGGUGGAGAGAUUGAGAGCUGAUGGAGACGCGUAGGACAAAGGUCAGUCCUCUGUUGGAGAAUCCUCGAGUGAGACAAACAUUACCCUGACACAACCACCUUCCUUUGAGUGAGACUUGUGGACUCAUGGAACACUCCAGGCUAGACCAACACUGGCACACAUUCAAGUACUGUAUGUUCAAGAGCCUAUACAUGCCAAACACCUGCCAACAGACCUAACUGGAGGUCCGACCUGUGAGCUAACAAGUGACCAUGAGGAUAUGAAAUAAGAAGCUCAAAGAACGCCAUUAUCGACGCCAUUAAAACCGUGUCACUUGAUACACCAACACUUAUGAGUCUAUACCGAUGAACAAUGCAUUCUGCAGAUCAAGUUAACACCAGAAAUUGAAAACAACACCUGACGGUACAGAUGAAAUAUCUAAAAAAUAUCUCAAGUGGCAGAAAUAAUUGGGGAUUCAAACGCUGUUAUAGAUAAUUUGGGGAAAACGCUGUUGGAUAUAAUGAGGGGAAAAGGUACCGUAUUAUCAAAAAGCGAGAGUAUAAAACACCUCAGGGACGAUAUGGUAAGAGUCGAACGCACUGUGUUGGAUAUAAUAUAAAUAAAAGAAAACUCUCAAUAAUGGAUCAAAAGGUAGAAAAGAGUGUGUGGUGUUGGUGGGCCACAAGUGUGGUGAGGAAAGUCUAAGGAAUUGAAUUCUCGAUCAAAUCAGGGAAGUUGGUGGACCAAUUAAAGGCGUCACAGUCACUCAGGUGCUGGCCUGCCUUGUCAGCCUGCCAAUCAACGAAAGCCACGUCAUCCAAUUAGUGAUGUCAGAGGCGGCUACUGAUUGGUCAAGCUUGUCAGACUGCCAAUCACGGGAGGAGCCAUGACGUCAUACAUUACGUCAAAAGAUUCCACCAGUAGGAAGGAAUAUCCCCCCCCAAGCCUCACCUCCCCCUCUCCCCUAGUGUUGAACGAGACAGAACCACUGUCAAGCAGAGAGAGACUGAGAGAUAACGUGAUUGUCAUAUUGUUUUGAUCACUAAAACGCGCGAUAAUUAUACAUUAGAUCUAAAGAAGUUAGUUUAACACACACAUGUAUACAGUAUUAUUGCAUGUACAGUAUGUGUGUACAGUAAUUCUCAAACAUUAAAAAUUCUAAUUAGAAAAUUCCUCGGCGCAGAAGUACUUUUCAUAUACUCGUGAACCAUCAAGACAUUUGAAGAGAAAAAAUAAAAUAAUCCAUCCUAGUUUCGUCAAUAAUUGAGAGAAAUGAAGAAGAGUGAAAACGAACAGGUGGAGAAGAAGAUGAAGAAGAGAAGAAGAAGGAGAGUAAUAAGCAAACAGGAAAGAGAGAGAGAGACAGAGAGGAAUACUCGUCAAUCAAGACACCAACUUGUACAGACAACUUUUUCAUCCGUGUUUGGUAGUAACAAUCACGUACAGUAUAAUUUUGUACAUACCUUCAUUAUUUGUUAAUUAUACUGUAGACACUCAUAUGAUCAGGCUCAUAUGAGGGGUGAUGGAACCUCGGUGAUAUAUGGAUUAGGUCUAGGUUAUAUUACAAAUUAUACUACAAUAAUAAGACAAUGGUCAAGUGAUUGGGUGGUCGAUAAGAGUGAUACAUCCAAUCAUACUUUACUAUCUUACACAGUUUAAACUAUUGGUAAGUUAAGUUUAUUUCUUCUGGACAAUCUUUAGCACUCCUGUGUGACCUUGUGUAGUACAUGAACUACUAAUGUACUUUUCAUGUAAAUCCAGGGAAAUAAUGAUGAUAAUGAUAACAGUGGCGAUGUUGAUGAUAAAGAUGAUGUUAAUAAUGGUUAUAAUGAUGAUGAUGAUGAUGACGAUGACAGUGUAAAAGAAAAAUAGCAAGGUAAAAACUAUGACCAAGAAGUAAAAACAAAAACCAAAAAACGCUUAACUGUGGACAUCAACAGUAAAACAAACAUAACAUCAGUACAGUAUAACCGAAGUGUGUUUUAUAUACUCAAGAGUGUGUUUUUUAUUAUAAAUUAAUGUCUCCUGUUUGUGAUGGGAGACGUUGAAGAUUUUUAUUUUACUGUGUAAUAAAGAAACUUGUGAGUGUACAUACGGGACUAUAAUUUCAUACUAUGUACAAAACAACAAAACAAGUUGAACUACAUAAGACAAACUGAUGAUGACGAUGAUGAUGAUAAUGAUGAUGACGAUAAUGAUGAUGAUCUGGCUUAGUUCAGAUCCCAUGACGUCAUUAAGAGCAUCAGUCAUUCCUAUCUCGGUGAUGCAGUCACCACUGAUACCAGUGGUGUAGUCAUCAUUAGUAUCCGUGGUGUAGUCACCACUGGUAUCGGUGGUGUAGUCACCACUGGUAUCGGUGGUGUAGUCAUCACUGAUAUUUGUGGUGUUGAGUCAUCACUGGUAUCGGUGAUGUAGUCAUCACUGGUAUCUGUGGUGUAGAGUCAUCACUGGUAUCGGUGGUGUAGUCAUCACUGGUAUCGGUGUAGAGGCAUCGCUGGUAUCUGUGGUGUAGAGUCAUCACUGGUAUCGGUGGUGUAGUCAUCACUGGUAUCGGUGGUGUAGUCAUCACUGGUAUCGGUGGUGUAGUCAUCACUGGUAUCGGUAGUGUAGUCAUCACUGGUAUCGGUGGUGUAGUCAUCACUGGUAUCGGUGGUGUUGAAACAUCACUGGUAUAGUUAUAUUUAUAUAUUUGUGUUAUAGUACAUAGCAUGUAAGUGUUUUUUGUAAAAGCAAAACCAUUCAACACUCAUUGUAUUCUGCCACACCUCGACUUCAGUAAUAAGUUUCUCCUCCUUAUGGCUAAACUACACCACAAAC